CUGCUCUUGGGGGUGAAGUUGUUUCUGUCGCAGAUACAGAGAAUAUUCUAGAAUUACAGACGGGCGAGAUUUCAUUUCAACAAGUAACUUAACGUUAUUUAUUUCGCGAAAUCUCUGAUUAAUCUGUAGUUCGCGGGCUUUUUCAGGGUCACUUUGUUGUCGGUUUAACUUUCGAAGAGUUACCAUGGUAACCGUAGCCUCCCGCCAGUGAAUCUGCAGAAGAUGUCGGGAAAUAAAGCGGUGGAGCUGCAGAUCCAGAUGCGACAGAACGCAGAAGAUCUGCAGAACUUCCUGAAGGAGCUGAACAACUGGGAGGAAGAAGUCAAGGAGAAAGACCAGCAGCUUCGCUCCGGAGACAUCAGCGAGCCGCCGAAAACUCUCCCGCCGGUGAGGAACAGAGAUUAUAAGAAGACGAAGAAGAGCAUGAAGCGGCGGACCGACGGCGGUCUGAAAGAGCAAAGGGAGACGCAGCGCAUAAAAUCCUACGAUUAUCAGGCCUGGGACAAGUUCGAUGUGGAGAAGGCGCUGGACGCCGAGGAGAGCCCGGUCCACUCCAACGAGUCGGACUCUGAAGGGCCUGCGGUGGACAGAGAUCUAGCGCUGACCGAGAAAGAGAAGGGGAAUGAGUUCUUCCGGGUCGGCCAGUACGACAGCGCCACCGAGUGUUACACCCGAGGAAUGGACGCGGAUCCGUACAACCCUGUCCUGCCCACCAACAGAGCGGCCUGCUUCUACAGACUCAAGAAGUUCGCCGUGGCGGAGUCCGACUGUAAUUUGGCCAUCGCUCUGGACGGGAAAUACACCAAAGCGUACAUCAGGAGAGCGGCGGCACGCGUGGCACUCAACAAACACCAGGACGCUCUCCAAGAUUACGAGAUGGUUCUCCAGCUGGAUCCUGGAAGCGUGGAGGCCCAGACGGAGAUCCAGAAGCUCCAGCAGGUGCUGGGAUCCAGCGGACGGACGGCGGAGAAGAGCGAGAGCCAUGCAGAGCCGUCACAACACACACAGGAACAGCAGAGGAAACAGGAAGCAGUCGUGCAGAAGGACAGAGGAAAUGCUUACUUUAAAGAAGGAAAGUACGAGAUGGCGGUGGAGUGUUACUCCAGAGGAAUGGAGGCUGAUGGGACGAACGCACUGCUGCCCGCCAACAGAGCCAUGGCCUUCCUCAAACUCCACAGGUUCAGCGAGGCCGAGCAGGACUGUAACACGGCUCUCGCUCUGGACGCCUCGUACGCCAAAGCCUUCGCCCGACGAGCCACAGCCCGAGCCGCUCAAGGCAGGAUCCGAGAGGCCACAGACGACUUCCAGCACGUCCUGAAGCUGGAGCCGGGAAACAAACAGGCCAUGAGCGAGAUCCAGAAACUCUCCGAGGAGAUGAGGAGCAGCGGUCUACUGGCUCCAGAGGAGAACAAACAGAAGAGAAGCAUCCAGCACAUCCACAAACCUGAACAUCUCCGAUCCACCAAACCCUUGAGGAGGAUCGAGAUCCAGGAGGUGGGUGGAGAGAUCUCACCGUCCACGUCUUCACCGCUUCACAAGACCCAGAAGACGGAGGAGGUCUCGGACGCUCCGGUGUCCCAGAAGAUGGAGGUGGUCUCGGACGUGUCCAGGGCCGAUGCUGAAUCGAUUCCUCCUCCUCCCAGCAACAGUUUCCAGCUGGAGGCCGAUCUCAGGAAGAUCAGACGUCACCCACAAUCCACUUACAGCUAUCUGAAGCAAAUCAGUCCAGACGCUUAUCUGAAGGUCUUCCAGAACUCUCUGGAGCCUGAUGUUCUCAACCACAUCCUCAGGACCUUCCACGGCUGCUUUCAACCUGGAGAUGCGUCUCUCCUGCUGGCCGUCCUGAGGAGCCUGGCGAGCGUGAGGAGGUUUGACAUGAGCGUCAUGUUCAUGUCGUCCGCCGAGAAGAAAAUCUUACAGGAGCUGUUCGACUGGAUUCACCGCGCUGGAGCGGGAGACGCUUCUGAGCAAGACUUACAGAAGAAAUACGGCCUUUGACCUCUGUUUGGACUGAAAACUGGAGCUCGGUCAUCAGUAUGAGGUGAAACCGAACUGGAAACAUCAUCGCUUCAGUGUGAAUGAAUCCGAUCUCAGAAAAGACGCUUGGUGCCUUUAAACUCUGCUUGAUUUGGUUCCUGCAUGAGUGUGUCUCCGGUGCAGAUGAGCAGAACUACAGAUUAUA